AUGAGCGAUAUCAGUACUCUCGGUAGCGCCCUGAAUUCAUUCGUUUCUGACAUUUGGAAGUCGGUCCCUCCGCGUCUUUCAAUCGAAGAGAUGCGGGACAAGAUCAAUAGUGUCCCUUGCACCAUCUGUGCUGCCAUGUCUGUACCAGAAGCCAGUCUCAACACCGACAUCAUCACUGUCACAACGACCGAAAGUCCAGCCCAACAACCGGAUCCCGGUCGAGAGCAGGAACCUUCGCUCUCGCACAAACAGCUGCUCGAAACGCUGGACAAGAUUCCCAAGACCAUUCCCAAGGGGAUGAAGUGGGGCGAUCUCGGUUGGUAUCUAAUUGCCGCAGAAGCUUGCGUCUUCGCGGUGGGCUAUGCCUAUUCAACGCUGACCGGUCGAAGCCUGAUUGUCACCUGGACCGGAGAGCUGCCCCCUUCGCAACUUAAACCAGGCGAUGCAGAAUCUUUGACUCCGCACGUGGAGUUGGAAGUAUGCAAGGAACGUGAAUGGCUCGCCGUCUCACACUUUGUCAAAGGGGAGUGGGUUCGCAAGACUUACCACGUCGCUGCAAACCUUGUGCACACCCCGACUUCGCCUGUUGCACAUGACUCAUUGGACAACCACGAGUUACCAGAGAGGAGUCAUUCUGGAGCGAGCUCUGACGCCGAUCUCUCAGAACUCCUUGUGCUAACGCCUCCAGGUUCGGACACAAGCGGAGACGAUCCUGCUGCAACAAACCCAUCGAUGGCGACAAUUUUGAUGUGCAAGCUAAAAUGGUUCCGUAAUCAGAUGGUGUUUCAUGUUUCACCAUCCAUAUAUAACGCCACACUCGUUUUUGUACCGAUAUCCCCUCACACACCCCUCCACAGCCAGCGUCGGCAAUCCCUGAUCAUCAUGUUAGGGAUCGACAAAGCAUCAUGUUUGGCAUACUCGGCAUCCAACCUCGGGCCCACCAUUUUACCUGAUUACAGCGCUACCGCUUCCCCCCUUACCGGGAUCUCAUCCCUCAGAUUUUCAGGUCUCUGCCAAACUUGGCCAGGCUCGCAUGACGCCAAACUUGUCGAGGUCAAGACUACGCCCUCUGGAGCGGGUCAAUCCGUCAGCCCUACAUCGGUCGAGACUAGCGGUGAGGACAAGGAUUGUCAAGAGCUAUGGCCCGCCGAGAUCCAGAAAAUCGUACGCGAUAUCCUCAGCGUCCCGUCGUUCCCGACAGACGGAGAUGAGAACAACUCAUGCUUUCUAGAAACUGCAAUCGAUCUUUGA